UAUCAGCCGGUGCUGGACUAUGGUGCGGCUCGGCGGGGGCUGAGACGCCGACACCCCGUCGCCCUUCCCUCCUCCUCCUCCUCCUCCUCCUCUUCUGUCGCCUGACGAGCCCUGCGCCGCACGUGUGGGAUGUGAGCCCUGCCCUCGCCGGGGGAGCAUGAGCUGUGCCCAGGCCGGCAUUGUCCAGAAUCUGUACCAAAACAGGUUCCUGGGCCUGGCAGCCAUGGCGUCUCCAUCUAGGAACUCACAAAAUCGGCGCCGGUGCAAAGAGCCUCUCAGAUACAGCUAUAACCCUGACCAGUUCCAUAACAUGGACAUCAGGAACAGUUCCCAUGAGACAGUCACCAUUCCUAGGUCUACCAGUGACACGGACCUUGUCACUUCAGACAGCCGGUCUACUCUGAUGGUCAGCAGCUCCUACUACUCCAUCGGGCAUUCGCAAGACCUAGUGAUAUACUGGGAUAUAAAGGAGGAAGUGGAUGCAGGGGACUGGAUUGGCAUGUAUCUCAUAGAUGAGGUCUUGUCUGAAAACUUUUUGGACUACAAGAACCGUGGUGUCAAUGGCUCUCACCGUGGUCAGAUUAUCUGGAAGAUUGAUGCCAGCUCUUACUUUGUUGAGCCUGAAACAAAGAUCUGCUUCAAAUACUACCAUGGCGUGAGCGGGGCACUACGAGCCACAACUCCAAGUGUCACAGUGAAAAACAAUGCAGCUCCUCAGAUUUUUAAAAGCAUCACCAAUGAAGAUUCAAUCCAGGGACAAGGAAGUCGGAGACUGAUAAGUUUUUCAUUGUCAGAUUUCCAAGCUUUUGGUCUGAAGAAAGGAAUGUUCUUCAAUCCAGAUCCUUACCUGAAGAUUUCCAUCCAGCCUGGAAAACAUAGCAUCUUCCCAGCACUUCCUCAUCAUGGACAGGAGAAGAGAUCUAAGAUCAUAUGUAAUACUGUUAACCCAGUGUGGCAAGGAGAGCAAUUCAGCUUUGUCUCCCUGCCCACGGAUGUCUUGGAAAUAGAAGUUAAAGACAAAUUUGCAAAGAGCCGACCAAUCAUCAAGCGUUUCCUGGGCAAACUCUCCAUGCCAGUUCAACGCCUCUUGGAAAGACAUGCCAUAGGGGACAGGGUUGUAAGCUACACUCUGGGUCGCAGGCUUCCUACAGACCAUGUCAGUGGCCAGCUGCAGUUCCGAUUUGAGAUAACUUCUUCCAUCCAUCCAGAUGACGAAGAGGUUUCUAUUAGUGCUGAUCCUGAGCCAGCUGACCUCCAGGAAAGCCCUGUGAACAACCCCACAGAGGAAAGCCUCGGUGAGCCUCCAUGCCUCAACACAGUGACCUCAGAAAGUACAGCUCCAGAACAGCUAAAUGGAUACAGUGUGAACAGUGUCGAUAGCCCAGGGGCUGUCAAACCACCUGGGGAAGUCAACCAGAACAGCUUAAAUGAAGAGCUAGCAGGAGAUGGGGAGGUUGAUGCAGUUCCAGUUCCUGAGACCUUGGAAUCCAUCCCAGAAGCGCUGCCUUCUUUGAGUGCCACGGACCUCACGGAGCAGCUGACUCUUCUGGCGUGCAUGUCUCCUCCUGAGACUGAAGUUAGGGAAAAUAACGAAGUCAAUUCUGGUACUCAGGGAGAUGAUGGAGUCUUGACCAGCGUAGAAGCAUUAGAUACUGGUGAGGUGAGUGCAGAAGUGCAUGCUGGCAAGGACCUAGAGAAGGGUCAGGAAGAAGAAGGGGCUUCAGCCCAGGAGGCGGAAGACAACAGGCUACCACUGAGGAGCACAGCGAAGAGGAAAAACAGGCCGUGCUCUCUGCCUGUGUCUGAACUCGAGACGGUCAUCGCUUCAGCCUGCGGCGAGCCAGAGACCCCUCGCACGCACUACAUCCGGAUCCACAACCUGCUCCACAGCCUGCCCUCGGCACGGAUGAGCAGCGAUGGGGAGGAAGACCAAGACGGUGGCAACAGCGGAGAGAACGAUGAGGAGUCUACAGUCAAGGAGGCGCUGGAGAAGGAGGGGGUCAGUGAGAGCGAGACAGUGGCCGCAGAGCCUCCUCUGGAAAAUGAUGCUGAAGAGAACUUCAGCCAGAGCACGGUACCUCCCGGGACCUUGGAUGAGCAACUCCCUGACUUAAAUGAUGGGCUGUUGGAUGGGGAACACCCCAGGCCAGUAAGCGAGAGCGAGUCGAGCUCCAGGGCCAAUGGUGACAACGAUUGUGAGACGUGUGACACCUCUUGCUACAGCCCCUCUUGCUACAGCACUUCCUGCUACAGUACCUCCUGCUACAGCACUUCUUGCUACAGCACCUCCUGUUACGACAGUAACAAUCGCUUCUCCAGCCAUACCCGCUUCUCCUCUGUCGACAGUGCAAAGAUUUCUGAGAGCACGGUCUUUUCCUCGCAGGAUGAUGAUGAGGAGGAGAACAGCGCUUUUGAGUCAGUGCCAGAUUCAGUGCAGAGCCCUGAGCUGGACAGGGAGCAAGUGGAUGGCUCCUCCCAGUGGCCAGAUGAACUAGUAGCUCAUGGUGGGAAUCCACAAAGAGCCACAGAGAGUCUAGACACCCCAGUAGCAGGUCCAAGCAGCAGAAGAGAAGGUGAUUGUCCUUUACUCCAUAAUUCUCAGCCAGUCAGCCAGCUUCCUUCUCUGAGGCCUGACCAUCAUCACUACCCAACUAUCGAUGAGCCUCUUCCACCAAACUGGGAAGCUCGCAUAGACAGCCACGGGAGGGUAUUCUACGUUGACCACGUCAACCGAACCACCACGUGGCAGCGCCCCACCACUGCAGCAACACCCGACGGGAUCCACAGGUCUGGCUCCGUCCAGCAAAUGGAGCAGCUGAACCGCCGAUACCAAAAUAUCCAGAGAACUAUUGCAACAGAGCGGACUGAAGAUGAUGCUGUAGUAAACAACAGGGGGGAGAGAGUUCCCACUGGAGGAGGAAGUGAUUCUGAGGCAGAGCCUUCCCAGCCAAGCUCAGAGAUUAGGAGGGAAGGUUCCCUUUCUCCUGUGAAUUCUCAAAAAAUCACCUUGUUGCUGCAGUCUCCAGCUGUGAAGUUCAUCACCAAUCCUGAGUUCUUUACUGUGCUGCAUGCAAACUAUAGUGCCUAUCGAGUCUUCACUAACAGCACCUGCUUGAAGCAUAUGAUUCUGAAGAUCCGUAGAGAUGCUCGUAAUUUUGAGCGCUAUCAGCACAACAGAGACCUGGUAAAUUUUAUCAACAUGUUUGCUGAUACCCGACUGGAGCUUCCACGUGGCUGGGAGAUAAAAACUGACCAGCAGGGCAAGUCUUUCUUCGUUGACCACAACAGCCGUGCUACCACUUUCAUAGAUCCCAGGAUCCCACUGCAGAAUGGUCGUCUCCCGAAUCACCUGACUCACCGGCAGCAUCUCCAGCGGCUCCGUAGCUACAGCGCUGGAGAGGCCUCCGAAGUCUCUCGAAACAGAGGAGUUACUCUGUUGGCCAGGCCAGGCAAUAGCCUCGUAACAGCGAUUCGAAACCAGCACCAUCAGGAGGCAUUACCUCUGGCUUACAAUGACAAGAUCGUUGCAUUUCUACGCCAACCCAACAUUUUUGAGAUGCUGCAGGAGCGUCAGCCCAGCUUGGCUAGAAACCAUGCGCUCAGGGAGAAGAUCCAUUACAUUCGGACAGAGGGUACACAUGGGCUUGAGAAGUUGUCCUGUGAUGCAGAUUUAGUAAUUUUGUUGAGCCUUUUUGAAGAGGAUAUUAUGUCCUACAUACCACUGCAGGCUGCCUUCCAUCCUGGUUACAGUUUCUCUCCUCGCUGCUCACCCUGCUCAUCACCCCAAAAUUCUCCAGGCCUGCAGCGAGCAAGUGCAAGAGCACCUUCUCCAUACAGGAGGGACUUUGAAGCCAAGCUGCGCAAUUUCUAUCGAAAACUUGAAGCCAAAGGGUACGGGCAAGGUCCAGGUAAAAUUAAGUUAAUCAUACGACGUGACCACUUGCUGGAGGGCACCUUCAACCAGGUAAUGGCCUAUUCACGCAAGGAGCUGCAGCGGAACAAACUCUACGUCACGUUUGUUGGCGAGGAAGGGUUGGACUACAGUGGCCCCUCCCGAGAAUUCUUCUUCCUUCUGUCUCAGGAGCUCUUCAAUCCCUAUUAUGGGCUGUUUGAGUAUUCAGCCAAUGACACUUACACUGUACAGAUCAGCCCCAUGUCUGCCUUUGUUGAAAAUCACCUGGAAUGGUUCAGGUUCAGUGGUCGUAUUCUUGGCCUUGCUCUCAUUCAUCAGUACCUGCUGGAUGCUUUCUUCACAAGGCCGUUCUACAAAGCACUCCUAAGGCUGCCGUGUGAUUUAAGUGACUUAGAGUACCUGGAUGAAGAGUUCCAUCAGAGCUUGCAGUGGAUGAAGGAUAACAACAUCACAGAUAUCCUGGAUCUCACCUUCACAGUGAACGAGGAGGUGUUUGGACAGGUGACAGAGAGAGAGUUGAAAUCUGGAGGGGCAAAUACAGCGGUGACAGAAAAGAACAAGAAGGAGUACAUUGAGAGGAUGGUUAAGUGGCGAGUGGAACGAGGAGUGGUUCAGCAAACAGAGGCCCUGGUCCGUGGCUUCUACGAAGUUGUAGACUCCAGGCUUGUCUCUGUUUUUGAUGCCAGAGAACUGGAACUGGUUAUAGCUGGCACUGCAGAAAUAGAUCUCAAUGACUGGCGUAACAACACAGAGUAUCGUGGAGGUUACCAUGAUGGACACAUAGUAAUACGGUGGUUCUGGGCAGCAGUGGAGAGAUUUAACAACGAGCAGAGGCUCCGGCUGUUGCAGUUUGUCACUGGAACAUCAAGUGUGCCCUACGAGGGCUUUGCAGCUCUCCGAGGGAGCAAUGGGCUGCGGCGCUUCUGUAUAGAGAAAUGGGGGAAAAUAACCUCCCUCCCAAGGGCACACACCUGUUUCAACCGUUUGGAUCUUCCACCUUACCCCUCCUAUUCUAUGCUGUAUGAAAAGCUGCUUACAGCGGUUGAAGAAACUAGCACCUUUGGACUUGAAUGAGGGGGUUCAGGCACUUCUGGUGUUUUUCUGGCUGGUGAUGUCACCUUCCCUCUCCACCAUUAUUUGAUCUUGGUUUCCCAUGUUUUUAUUUUUGAAAACAAAACAAAACAAAUCAAGAUUGACAAAAGCUGUGCAUGAAGAACUGCUGCCCUCUAAGAUCUAACCUUCAUGCUUUCAUCCUCUGUUUCCAAUGGACUGCUAGCCUGUAUGCAAUAGAAAAACAACUGUCUCAAGGUUUCUGUAUAUCUCUACAUACCUCCAUUAAUAACAAUGAAAAUACAAAUGCAAGUUACACUACACUUGACCAAAUGUUAAUAAAUGUUUACUUCCACCUACGUUGAUUAAAAAAUAAAAAAAACCUCAUCAAGCAUUCCAAGCUUUUAUAUGCCCACAUCUUCUAAAUCAAUUCACAGUCCAUCUUACUUCUUAACAGUUGAAUCCACUACUAGGAGAUGGUCAAAUAUAUCUUCAUCCAUCCUUAUUUUCCCUGUGUCUGUUGUCCAUCUGAGAGACACCUAUGAGCAAAACUGAAAUUUUUAUAUAUGAACUCAUGAUCCACAUCAGUUGCAUCAGCUGGAACUGGCCCAGAUACAUGGUGCAGAUAUGAUCUUCAAAAACUAAAGAGAACUUGCACUUCAGAGAUAUUGGGAGGGGCAUCUCCACUGUAAUGUUUACCACACAAGAAGCACAAGGUUGUGCACACUCAAGAAGGAUGUCUUAUGUAGCAUAAAGGACAAGGCUCCCUUACCUUAUUAUUGUAUAUGACAAGGAAAAGGGGAAAUAAGAAGAAUGUUCUACUCUUAUGAAUACCCUUGGGUUCUGUUUUCCAGAUCUUUGUUUUCUGAUGUUUAAAAUGCUCCUUUCCAAAUGAGAAGUCUAGACAAUCCCAUCCCCUGUGUCAGAAGCCAUUUAUUUUCUGUCAGGCUGGGCUAAUCUAUGAUUGCUGGGGGCAGUUUUCGGUUCUCGCGUUUUUCUUUCCUUGCUCAGUGCAAAUCUCCAUAACUUCAAGAGUGGCUGUAGACAGAAGGUUUUAGUCAAGGGUCUAUUAAAUGAGAAGCUGCGGUGAAUGAGGGUGCUUGUCAGGGGUGAAGGGGACUGUCGCUCUCUUUGGGUUAAGAAUUUGUUGCACUUCCUCUUGGAGUAAGCCCAAAGGCCCUGCAGUCGUGUUAGGUACCACAAAACUGAAGAUGAAGCUCUGCAGGCAUAACCCUCUUCAGUUUUGUGUACUUCGCAUUGCAACUCUGAAGCUGGGGAAUGAAGGGAAAACAGCAGUAGGCUUGUCUUCAGGUCAGUUUUGCAGAGGCUGUUACUAUCAACCACACUGCUCUGAUUAUUUCCUAUGUAUUAAUCUUUGCUGCCCUUGUUUUCCAAGGCUAAUCUCAGAUUGAAAGUGUUUGUCUUAACUGGGAAAAGGAAAUACAACUUAUCUUUACUCCUGACACUCAAUAUGUUAAAAGGAUGCAUGAAAUAUGAAGUGAGAGACUUGUGAAGGGUGAGUGAAGGUAAGUGUCUAGCAGCUCACAUGAAAUGCCACACCCCUUUGGGGGCUUGUUACAGGUAGUUUUGUGUUAGCGUUGCUUCAGAAAACUAGAACAUCAGGAGAUCAGUUUGAUGUCUGACACAUCUAAUUCCCGUAAGUUUUCUCUCCAGAGAAAAGAAUUGGACUUUGCUUUCCCACACGUUUUUAUUGUGGCUACACAGAAACUCAUCACACCUGAAAAACUGCAUUCUGAGAGUUUUAGAUCAUUUUCCUGCUUUGAUUCUUAGGUCAAUAGGUGUUUGAAAGAUGCUGGGUCCCAGAACAUGUUUCUAAGCAGAAAUGAUAUAUAAAACAUUUGGGAUAUUGAGAUUGCUCCAUUCAUUCAAUUUCUGUGAUAUUUCAGCCACUUUUUUAGUAAUUUACUGUAUGGCUUUUACUGACAAUCUAUUUUAUAGUCUUUGUUAUUAUUCUUAUUGACUACUCAUAUUACAGUUGCAUACAGAGGCUGCAGCUACAGGCCAGCUUCAUUGUACCAGACCCCAACAACUAUUUCUUUCCACAAAUGAGCUCUCAGGCAUCUAUUCCACAUGACCAGCCUCACUGCAUAGUUGAGAUGGAAAUCUUUGGGUUUGUUUCUGAAAGUGUCUGUCAUGUUGUACAUGAAUUUUACGUCAGAGCAAGUCACACCAGGAGAGACUGAACAACAAAUUCUUCCAAUGUAUGUAAUUUCUGCCUCUUCACCACUGGGCCCUAAACUCCAGUGACUCCUGGAUGGUUCCUGUUUUAUUUCUGGUGAUGUUAAAAAGUUACCUGUCAAAUGUUGGAUGUCUUCUAACAAUAGAAAAAAAGAAAGAGAAGUAGUGGGCUGGUUGGUCCAUGUUUGGCCAAGGAAAAUAGUGCAUCAAGAGCUGUCUCGUAACACAGAAAAAAAAAUAAAUCCAAUCUUUACAAUACUGUAUAGUUAAAUUUUAUAAAGUAUUUAAAAUAUAUUUUAUUAAGAAAAAAUGAAACUAUUUUUUGUAGCAUAAUAAAAGAUAUUUGUAUUUCAGAGACAGCAUCAAACCCCACUAAUUGAAACAAAGAUGGCUUUCUCCUGAAAUGCUUCUUCACAACAUAUUCUGGCACUUGCUGCACAGUAAGCGAGUGCUUAGUUAGGUGGGUGCUGUGCAUCUCCGUGUUUGGCAGAUGCCAUCUGAAGCAUCUGGUGUGUUCCUGCUCUGGGAAACACACAGCACAGACACCUCCUUCCCAUCAAAAUCCUUGGUCCAAGCUGUCUUUCAAGCGCACAGCCUAGUAUUUUUAGAAGGUUGCUUUCCUAGGUUACCGUGAUGACAUCAAAGUAACAAGGUCAUGCAGAUUUCCUUGGAAGUUUUUUUGGUUGUAAAGCCAGGAAUAGAGGAAGACAGUUGACUAUUUUCAUGAAACAAAGAGAAAGACAAUGCCACACUCUGCUUUUCUAGCAUUCUGUCAUUUCAGUCUUAUCCCUCUUCCCAAAUGCCUUACCCCAACAGCUUUUCAAACACUAACACAGUCUCUAGGAUACCUGGAUGGACACUUGACAGUGCGUUCCUCCAUUUGUUGCCUCAUAGCCUGGGCUGAAUCUGGUCCCAGUCCAGAGUGAAGGGGAAGCCCUGCGUUGAAGUGGCAUCGUAAGGUUAGAGUGAGGCAGGGAAUGGUGCUAAGAGGAGAGAGGGAAGAACCCAUCUCCCUUGCCCUGUUAUUUAACCUGCCCAUUGUGCAAUUAAUUGACUUUGUUGUUGCAGUUAUGCAUAUGUAAGGCAUAUACCCUUCCUUGUUCGCCUUUUGAUUUGAAUGCUGUUACUCAUAUAAUCAGCUGUGCUCUUACCCAGGUCUGCAUUUUCAUUCAUAAAACACUGUUAAUUACAGAAUUUCUGGUUUCAUUGUUUUUCCACAGGAAAGACUAGAGGAUACUCCACAGGGCAGAUUUACAGUGAAAUAAUCUGUUCAGCUCCUUCACCUCAGUUCCCUUUAAACAUUGUGGUGGCGAGAUUAAGAGAUGACAUCAAACGUCAGUAGAUUUUUAAAUGGAAGUGAAAAAUGGAAUAGGCAAUCUGACAGCUUUUGUGAAUUGCAGUUUUCGAAAGAAGCAAAGAAUGCUGGUAAUUUGUAUGUUUGGUUUCAGGGGGCCCAGAUCUUCCUCAAGGUAACUGUUGUCAUGGUAUUAAUGGUAGAGGGAGCGGAAGGGAUACUUCUGUUAAUGAAAUCCUGUUGACACACUUGCAUUAAGCUGAAGGGUGAGAAUGAAAAUAGGUAUUUUAAAUUGCCAGUAAGUCUUCUGCCUUGAAGUACUCUCACCAAGUGUUCAUCCACAUCAGCUAUGCAGGAUCUGCUCCAGUACAAGCAACCGUACCUUACUGGCAGUUGCAUCAGGCCUAAGCCUUACAAAUGCUGUCACUUCAGUCUGCAACACGUUACAUGAGCAUUCCGUUUCAGCCGUGUGGCUGUGCAUAUUCAGAACUUGGCUUCUAUGUUCUAGGGAGAUCUGUGGUUAUCACAAGGCAAGAAGGGAGUGAUCCAAAUAGAUCUAACCAAGAAAUCAUGAGUUUUGUACAGGUCUGACACAGAGGACGUUUUUCACCCAGUUUGCUCAAGUGCCCGUGAUCUUUUGAAUGAGCUGUAGCUAAGGUUUGAGUUUGUAGUCUAGUCUGAGAGACAGCCUGUGGUGAGGGGGUGUGUUUGUUGGGUUUGUGUUUUGUUGUUCUAGUUUCACUGUAACAAAUAGUUGACAUACCUCUAGUUGAAAACAGUAGGAUAUUGAAUUUGAAUGUGGAAAUCAAAUAAGAAAUGUGCUAAAAUACACACUCGCAGAGGAUGAGUUAAACUCGUCCUUGGCUAUUAAUCCUGUGACAGUCUGUGGAAUUCCAGAAAGACAAAUCUGACUGGAGAUUUGUUUGAUUUCUGUUGCAAUAAUAAUUAUUUGCCCUGUCUCCAUAGUAAUAUGAGUAGGGCUUCCCAGUCAAGAUUAAACACUUUCAGUCAAAUGCAGACCAACAGAUCUUUCUACAACAAAUGCGGUGCUUUUUUAUUCUUAUUCUUGCUGUACCUCAGUGUUUGUUAUUAAAAGAAAAAGAUUACUGCAAUAUACUGAAUCUGGGAUAGGUUUUCCAGUAAUCACAAGGUCCAAAAGAUUGGAUUGUUACUUUCUCUCUAGUGAGUCAUGUAGUUCCUUUGUUCUAGUAGAAAAACAGAUGCCUGUAGAUAGUAGAUAUUAGGUAUAGUAAAUAUUGUACCAUUAGCCAAACUCCCUGCAGCUUCCGAUUUAUCUAACAGAAGUGUCUAUUCUGGUUUUUGUUAAAGACUACAUUAAGUCAAUGGCAGGAAAGGUCCUCAUUAUUGGACUGAUUUUGCUUAUAUUGACAGAAAAAUGUCACAUGAUACUCAGGCUGUGCUUUCUAUUCAACCAUAUCACUAUAGAGGAAUGUCAAUAAAAUCACUUUGUUAUGUCA